AUGGCAGUACAAUAUUCCUCACUCCAAAAAAUUCCCCUCGCAUACGCAUCAUGCUCGAUCGGCUGCGAAGCGAGCGACACUCUCCCUCGCAAGCUUGAAGCCAUUAGUAAAGCUGGAUUUAUUUCGAUUGAGCUUUCAUUCCCAGACAUUAUUCAGUACGGCGCAAAUUUCCUUGGCCAUCCCAUUGCACCGGAUAAUAAUACUGAACUGAUCACGGUCGCCACGGAGAUCCGGAAAUUAUGCGCCGCCAAUGGCUUAACAAUCAUGAUGUUACAGCCCUUUGCCAACUUCGAAGGAUGGCCCAAGGGGUCGUUAGAGCGGGAGGAUGCGUUCAAAAGGGCGGAAGGCUGGAUUGAAAUAAUGAAAGUGGUUGGGACAGAUUUACUACAGGUUGGAGCGACAGAUACACCGGCAAACAAGAUCUCGACUGCUCGAGAGACUAUUGUCUCCGACCUACGCGAGCUCGCCGAUAUGCUUGCGGUGCACAACUUCCGUCUUGCAUACGAAAAUUGGUGCUGGUCCACCCAUGCCCCGGGCUGGAAAAGCGUCUGGGAGAUCGUCUCCGCUGUGGACCGGCCGAAUGUCGGGCUCUGUCUAGACACGUUCCAGACGGCGGGCAGUGAAUGGGGCGAUCCAACCGUGCCCUCCGGUCUGAUUGAGAGCGUAUCACCGGACGAGCUGCGAAAGAGAUUCGCGGCGAGCAUGGAUGAACUAGCCCGCACUGUGCCCCCAAGUAAGAUCUAUUUACUCCAAGUAUCCGAUGCAUACAAGGUGUCACCCCCGCUUGAGGACAAGGUUAUUGGGGGGCUGCGACCGCGAGGCCGGUGGAGUCAUGAUUUCAGACCGAUGCCGUAUGAUGGAGGAUAUCUUCCUAUCGAGGACAUGGCGAGGGCAGUCUUGAAGACUGGGUACAGGGGAUGGUUUACAAUGGAAAUUUUUGACGCAGGUCCGGAAGGAAAGGGCAAGAAAUACGAUAUGGACACCUUUGCUAAGAAAGCGAUGGAUAACAUGCAGAAGUUCUUGAAGAACUGCGCUACGGAUUCUUGA